GGUAUUACUACUGUUGUAUAAGAAUGAAUUUUUUCACUACCAAAUCUACUAGUCUUUCAAUUUUCUUAACAUCCAAAGGUCAUCGUGUUUCAUUACAUACCCAGUCAUAUGCAUUGUAUGCUAAUAAACCUCAUCGUUUAAUGAAUUUUCAAAAUGUCGAUGAACUGGAGGCUAAACUUCCUGGUCCAAUAUUUUCAUUACUAAAAUGGUGGUCUAAAAUAAGACCUUUAAAAGUAGAAAUAGCAGAUCUUCAUCGUCGUAUUCUACGUAAUAAAGAAGGAUUUGAAACAAAACUCCAUUCAAGAACACGUUAUCUUGUUAGAUUCCCAUUUUUAACAGAUGAAGAAUUUUCUAAUUGGUUAAUUACUUGUGAUAGUAGUAAAGGUGAAGGUUAUUCAUGGGCUGAAUUUGUUCGAUCGUCUAGAUCAGCUGCAGGUUGUGCUAAUGCAUUAGGUGUAAAUGAAAGUGUUUAUCCAAAUAGAGUCAGUGGUGGUGAGACUGGGGACACGUCCACAUCAUCAUCAUCAUCAACAACAACACCAUCGAUAAUGUCAUCAUUUGACGAUCCGAACAAAGAUCAUGAAUUCGGUUAUACUCUUCCAGUUUCUUAUCCAAAAUUUCUCUAUCGACCUGGUGGUAAACAGGCGAGUUCGUCAGCGAUUGUCAUGACAUCAACGGAUUCGAAAUUUAAAGGUUAUGGUCAUUUUCGUGGUUUCAUUAGUACACGUGUUCCUAAACGAGGUGAUCUAGUUCGUGCGGGUUUUGCUAAUCUUCGUAGUCCAGAAAGUAGAUGUUUUGGAUUUGUUAUGCCUUAUGGUCUUGAAGCUUAUUCACAUUUAAUUAUCAGAUAUCGUGGUGAUGGCCGAAAAUAUCAAAUUGUUGUGCUACCUCGUGCAUCAUGGGACUUUGAUCGUUACGCGUCACAUCAAUAUACAUUGUAUACUCGAGGUGGACCAUAUUGGCAAAUAGCUAAAAUUCCAUUAUCUAAAUUUUAUCGUACUAAUUCGAAUCUUGUACAUAGUACACAAUUUCCUGCAAAUCUAGGGAAUAUGCGCUUGAUUUCAUUUACUUUAAUGGAUGAUAUUGAAGGACCAUUUAGCUUAGAGUUGGAUUAUAUUGGUUUAUAUUUUGAUCAAGAACAAAGUGAAGCUUUUGAUUAUGAACGAUAUACCAGAUCAGGAUUUAUCAACUAAAUUGUACUUUAUGCUUGGGCUAUUUGCAGAUUGUAAACCAAUUGUCCCAUCGUAGUCUUAUAAUUAAAAACAUUUUUAUUUACAUGGGAUACUCAACUUCGCGAUUUUCUAUUGUAAAUAAUGUUGUAAAGAAGUUUAAUGUGACUUUUCUGCCUGAGAUCUUGAUGGUGCCUACUUGUUACCUCUCGUCAACUUAGGCCACCAACCAGGAUUUUCCGACCAACUCUGUCUUAGGCUCUCUCUUGUGAUCCUGGACAGAUGUCAAUGAUAAUGUGUUGAAAAAGGCAUAUUAUUAAUUUCAUUCAAAGUAGUUUUGUAAGCUUGGAUCAUCGCUGAUAUCAUCGAGAGAAAUUGUACAAAACAAAUAGUUUUGAGUCAAAUAUAUGUUUAAUUAAUA